UGGAGUAUAAUUAAGGUUCUUUCUCUGAGGUUUUCUUGUCUAAAAAUAAAUGAUGUUGGGUAGCUCGUUAUUAUCCAGACCCUGGAAUUUCAGACCAGAGAACUGGGGACAAAAUGCUCUUGCUCUGGUUGGAAACUUCUGUUUUAGUGUCUUUGUAUUUGGGGUCAUAAUAUUCACUAUCAUUGCUGCUACUUACCAACCUGAGGAUCCUCUGUUCCAUCCAUCAACCAAAAUCAACAACUUCCUUGAAUCAGUUUCCAAUGCCACUUUCAAAUCCGAUGAAACUGUUGUCAAGACUGGUGAAGAUUUCAUGGCUUCUGACCAAACUGCAUUUGGAACUUUCAUCAACAUCACCGAUGUUCCUGUAGCCAUUGAAAAUCCACACGAUUCUGAUUCUGAUUGUGAGGGUAUUGACAGUGAUAAACCAAUUGAUUGUACAGACAGAGAUAUCUUUAAUCUUCUGAUGAAAGCAUCCAUACAACAUUUCAAGGAUAUCCAUUUUUAUCGUUUUGGAAAACCUGUCCGUGGAUCGAAUGAGAGUUCGUGUGAUAUGGCAUGGAGAUUUAGACCCAAUCAUGGAAAAACUGUUGCAUUUUACAAAGACUACCGUAGGUAUGUGAUUUCAAGGUCUCGAAACUGCAAUUACACUGUGAUUGGGAUUGGAGAUUACCAUUCUGGUGUGAAUGCGAGGAGAAGGAAGAAUAAUCAGAUAGAAGUGUUCGAGAAGAGUCCAAAGAAUGUUGCAGAGAUUCAUACUUCUUUGCCCGUCGUUGGAGAAGAAAUUAAUGACAGUCUUCCAAUUGUUGAAUCCGAGAAUUCCUUUAGUCAUGGCAAGUACUUGAUUUACAGUGGUGGUGGAGACAGGUGCAAGAGCAUGAGCCAUUACCUCUGGGGCUUUUUGUGUGCUUUGGGUGAAGCUCGGUAUUUGAAUCGUACAAUGGUUAUGGACUCAACAAUCUGUUUAAAUUCAAUGCACACUUCAUCUCAUCAGGACGAGGAGGGGAAGGAUUUUAGGUUUUACUUUGAUUUUGAGCAUUUGAAGGAGUCCACUUCUGUACUGGACAAGAAUCAAUUCUGGUUAGAUUGGGGGAAAUGGCAGCUUAAAGAUGGUUUGCGUCUUCUACUUGUGGAGGAUUUUAGGGUCACACCGAUGAAGCUUGCCAAGAUGAAGGAUACUGUGAUUAUGAGGAAGUUUGGAAAUGUAGAGCCAGAUAAUUACUGGUACAGAGUUUGCGAAGGAGAGACAGAGUCUGUUAUCCAACGUCCAUGGGACCUCGUCUGGAAAUCUAGAAGGUUAAUGGCCAUAGCAUCUGAGAUCGCCUCAAAAUUGGAUUGGGAUUUUGACUCUAUUCAUGUUGUGAGAGGUGAAAAGGCAAAGAAUAAGGAACUUUGGCCAAAUCUAGAGGCCGAUACUUCACCUGAAGCCCUUAUUUCAUCUCUAAAAGACAAGAUUCAAGAUGGAAGAAAUGUUUUUAUUGCCACCAAUGAGCCCAAUACUUCUUUUUUCGACCCUUUGAAGGACAAGUACUCGAUUCAUUUCCUCAACGACUAUAAGGAUCUUUGGGAUGAGAACAGCGAGUGGUAUGCAGAGACCACAAAACUUAACAAUGGAGUUCCAGUUGACUUUGAUGGUUACAUGAGGGUAUCAAUUGAUACUGAGGUAUUCUUGAGGGGCAAAACGCAGAUUGAAACCUUCAACGACCUGACAAAAGACUGCAAAGAUGGGAUCAAUGCGUGCCGUGCAUCCAAUUGAUCAGUAUCGAUUGAUGCAUAAAAGGUUAAACUGUGUUUUUGAAGUUUUCACUUGUAACAGUAUUUGGGUUCUCCCCAUGAAUCAUCAUUUAUCUACCAGUGGUGUUAGUGGGUAUUGGGUAUUUGGGUUGGGGCAAAAUUCUCUCUAGUUAUUCUUCUACUCUGUAGGAGUCAAUUUAAUUAAUUGUGUUUCAUGACA